AUGCCCUCCUCCUCCCACCGCAGACAGCACGAACCAGCAUCCAACAGCACCGAUGAAAGCUCGCCCAAGUUCACACCUUCCGCUCGCUCUUCGCGUUCCUCCGAUGGCUUUUCCAUGAUACAUGAGCCGAACUCUUUCGAACUCCGAACGAUCACCCCACACGAUGAGCCCGUAUCCAAAGAAGAGCUGGGAGAAGAAGACGAGGACUUUCUGCCCAGUACACGACGCGCCUCAUUAGACUCUGUCCAGAGCUACGAGCUGUAUACCCCGGAUGAGGAUCGAACAGUGCUUAAGAAGCUUGAUCGCAGGCUAGUCGCUACUUUCUACUCCGGAGAGGCUCAGAUGGGUGAUAUGUACGUCAGAUAUAUUGGCAAUGCGCGUAUAGCUGGUCUCGCGGACGACCUGAACCUCAGCUCUACCCAGUAUGAGUGGUUGUUGUGGGCGUUCUACAUCACUUACAUUCUAUUCGAAUGGAUGACGCUCAUGUACCGCAUCGUCCCACCGCACAUCUACAUAUCCCUAUGUAUCCUAUCUUGGGGCAUAGUUGCGUCGCUACAAGCAGUCACAAUGUCCUUCGGUUUCCUCCUCGUUCUGCGAGCCCUCCUCGGUAUCAGCGAGGCGGCAUUCGGACCCGGCGUACCCUUCUACCUAUCCUUCUUCUUCCGUCGAUCUGAACUUGCUUUUCGAACUGGACUCUUCAUCAGCGCCAGCCCCCUUUCAGCAUCAUUUGCUGGAGCACUAGCCUACCUCAUCACCAAAGUCGGUGAACAUGGUCCGCUUAGCCCUUGGAGGCUGUUGUUCCUGCUUGAAGGCUUCCCGUCCGUACUGAUUGCGGUCUGGGCAUGGGAUUUUGUGCCAGAUGGCCCAGGAUUGGCGAAGUGGCUAAGCCCGCGACAACGCGAAGUUGCAGUAAUGAGGCUAAGAUCAGAAAAAGAGAGCGAGGAUCAAGACCAGGAAGAGGAGAAGUACCAGGGUGGGCGAAGGAGAGGACACGUCGAUUUCCACGAAGUGCUCCAAACUCUAAAGGAUCCGAAGUCUUACCUCACAGCACUCAUGUUCUUCUCCUGCAAUGUUGCUUUCAGCUCUAUGCCUGUGUUCUUACCGACUGUCAUACGAGACAUGGGAUGGGAGUCCAUUACAGCGCAAGGACUUUCAGCCCCUCCAUAUCUCUUCGCCUUCGUCAUCGUCCUUACAACUGCGUACUACUCCGAUCGCUUACAAUCACGCUCAACAUUCAUCAUGCUUCACUCCCUUCUCGCAACGCUCGGGUACGGUACUAUCGCAGUCUCCGGGUACCUGCAAUCCGAUAAAACUAUGGUCCGCUACAUCGCGCUCUACCCUGCCGCUGCAGGCUUCUUCAGCGCAAUCACCAUCAUCAUCACGUGGACGCUUAACAACCAAGAAAGUGAUAGUAAGAAAGGUACUGGUAUGGCUCUUCUGAACAUCAUCGGUCAGAUGGGUCCACUGGUUGGUACGAGCAUCUUUCCAGAUGAAGAUGGUCCUUACUAUGUCAAGGGCAUGAGUAUCUGUGCUGCUUUCAUGCUCUUCGUAGGCUUUCUAGCUGCGAUACUGAGGUGGGUAUUGAUCAGAGAGAAUCGUAAGCUGAACAAUGGUCGCAGUGCGGAAUAUGCGGGUGUACCAUUAGACGAAGGUGGUAGUACGAGAAGAGAGAGGAAGAAGUUUGUUUUCAUGCUGUAA